UUUCCACCCCUUUGCCGAUUAGUUUGAUAGCAGGAUAGCGACGGACUAAAUCGGGAAUGGCUCCUCUCGCUUUGCCACACAAGCUCUAAAAUGCUCUCUGAGUGCGGGGUUGUUAACGUUACAGUUUAACGCAGGUUUGUUUUCCACCUCCACGGUCCACGGCUACUUCCUGGUGCCACAGAGAGAGGCAGUGCUGAGUUAAAGAGACAGAAAUACUGAUAGAAAUUCAGAUAGAAAAAAAAAAACACUGAGAGAAGAGAGGGGUUGGAGACGCGAUAGGAACAGUUGACUGGAUUCCCAGAAAUUGAAAACCCUCUCUCUCUCUCCUUAUUUAUAUGUAUUUUUGAUAUUUCCGUGUUUGACCGAGUCGUUUUUCUUCGUUGGUUUUGUAAACUAACAAACGGUUUGGAUGACGGUCGGCUGCGGCUAAAGCGGAAUUGUAACGGGGAACAUAUUCCUCCCUCCGACGGAGAAGCCUCGCAGAGAUUUUUCCUCUUUUUUUAUUUUUACAGUAGACUCAUUCCUGUGUCAUUUUAAACCACGACAUCAUCCCGGGCGUUAUUUUAUAUAUAUAUUUUUUUACGAUUCCACAAGGAAGGGUUAGGGCGACGGAAGAUGGGUUGUUUGGGCAACAGCAAGACUGAAGAUCAACGCAUCGACGAAAAGGCACAACGAGAGGCUAAUAAAAAGAUAGAAAAACAGUUGCAAAAGGAAAGACAAGCGUAUAAAGCCACACACAGGCUCUUAUUACUGGGUGCGGGAGAGUCCGGAAAAAGCACCAUUGUGAAGCAGAUGAGGAUCCUACACGUCAACGGCUUCAACGCGGAAGAAAAGAAACAGAAAAUCCAGGAUAUUCGGAAAAACGUGAAGGAUGCCAUAGUGACUAUAGUGUCUGCGAUGAGCACUUUAAUACCCCCAGUCCCGCUAGCCAACCCAGAGGACCAAUUCAGAAUCGAAUACAUCAAAAGCAUAGCACCUCUCUCUGACUUUGACUAUUCACAGGAGUUCUUUGAUCACGCAAAGAAGCUGUGGGACGACGAAGGAGUGAAGGCAUGCUUUGAGAGGUCCAACGAGUACCAGCUCAUCGACUGUGCACAAUAUUUCCUGGACAGAAUUGACUCCGUAAGACAGAAUGACUACACACCAACGGACCAGGACCUGCUACGCUGCCGAGUGUUAACUUCAGGGAUUUUCGAGACGAGGUUCCAAGUAGACAAAGUGAACUUUCACAUGUUUGAUGUUGGGGGCCAGAGAGAUGAAAGGAGAAAAUGGAUCCAGUGCUUUAACGACGUCACUGCUAUCAUCUUCGUGGUGGCCAGCAGCAGCUACAACAUGGUAAUAAGGGAAGACAAUAACACCAACAGGCUACGGGAAGCUCUGGACCUCUUCCGCAGUAUUUGGAACAACAGAUGGUUACGCACUAUAUCGGUCAUAUUAUUCCUGAACAAGCAGGACAUGCUGGCUGAGAAAGUAUUAGCUGGAAAAUCCAAAAUUGAAGACUACUUCCCCGAAUACGCUCGCUACACCAUACCAAAUGAAGGUUCGUGCCCCACUUACAUCCCCAAAGUACCGAUAGAGCUCCUCAUCACGUCAGUCAGUGUUGACUGUGAAUCUGUUCUCCUUCCAGCAACUCCUGAACCUGGUGAAGACCCGAGAGUGACGAGAGCUAAGUUCUUCAUCCGAGACGAGUUUCUUCGGAUCAGCACUGCGAGUGGCGACGGCAGACACUACUGCUACCCCCACUUCACCUGCGCCGUGGACACAGAGAACAUCCGGCGGGUGUUCAACGACUGCCGGGACAUCAUCCAGAGAAUGCACCUGCGGCAGUACGAACUCUUGUGAUGGGAGACCGCCUCCGUCAGCCUUCUGUGUUCUUCUCCACCAUUCUGCAUCCUUGACGAACCCCUCCUCCUCCUCCCCCUCCUCGCCCCUCACCCCUCCUCCCCCAAAGAAACCCUCAACAACCCCUGACCACCCCUCCUGUCGAGGACUAUGAAGUACUACUGAAGUGUGUCAAAUCCUCUUCCUCUUCUUGACUUCUUAGCUUUUUGUACUACUUUUUUUUUUCUCUCUGAGACCGAUUCAUCCCCAUUUCACCGACGUGAAAGGAAGGUUGGGGAACAAAGUUGUUGCGUGCCGCUUAUUUUUUUUUCUUCUUUUUCUUUUAAUCCUUCCUUUUGAAUGCCUUGAUUUUUGUCAUUCCACUAAGCCUUGGGCUACCUCCUUUUUUUUUUGUUUUUUCUUUUUGCCCCUUCUGUUUUUUGGCUUUGACAUUGGACCUGUACUGGUGGGUGUGGAAACAUAAAACACACCUACAGGACCUCAGUGUAGAGGCAGUGUGUGUGUGUGUGUUAAAGUGUGUGUGUAAUGAAGAGAAGGAGGAAUGCCAUGUGAGCGAGUGUGUGUUUAUGUUUGUGUGUCACCUGCCGGUGAAAGCUGGCGUCACCACCACGACCUUUGCCCCGUUUUUUUUUUUCUUUUUUUUUCCCCCCAUCACCCCCUCUGACCUGCUUCUCCUCUCCGCGUGGAAGACGAUUGGACGGCGACACCGGAGAGCGACAGGAGCGGACGGAGGGGGGCCGAGCGGAUGAAGAGAUAAAUGCACUUUGCAUCAGGUUCCUUAAUAACUUUUUUUGUUGUUGUUGUUGUUUUUUUUUCUCCAGAGGAAGCAUACACACAAUGUAGCAUCACAAUAUUUAUUACCCUGUCACGAUGUUAGCUUGCCGAGCUGCAGGGUGCGCCGAGCAGCCGAGAGACGUGUGGAGCGAAAGAUUGAAGUGGGAGGGGGCAGGAAAUACGCCGACACGAAGAAGGAUUUAAAUGAAGGAAAAGGGACUGAGCUCUCUGCACCUUAGCCCUGCUGCCUCCACGGACUCGGACCUGCCUCCUUUUUCCACACAAACCAUCCUUUUAGCUUAGAGAU